AGUCAUGUUUCAAUUUUUAAUUCAUCAUCCUUUCAAAUCUCAAUAGCUUAUGUUGAAAUAACUUUUAAACAUUUGUGUGGAAACUGCAAAUUAAUAUUAUUUAAAUUAUAUUUUUCAUAUAAUCCAAGAAGUUAACAGAAAAUAUAAUAUUGAAACAUGGAUCGCUUAUUACGUCUCGGUGGUGGUAUGGCGGGCCUGUCUCAAGCACCACCACCUACUGAUGCUCCCGUUGUAGACACGGCUGAGCAGGUGUAUAUUUCCUCGCUGGCUCUCUUAAAAAUGCUUAAACAUGGCCGAGCUGGAGUGCCCAUGGAAGUUAUGGGUUUGAUGCUAGGUGAGUUCGUCGAUGACUACACAGUACGCGUUAUCGAUGUGUUUGCCAUGCCUCAAACUGGAACCGGUGUUUCUGUUGAAGCAGUAGAUCCAGUUUUUCAAGCAAAAAUGUUGGAUAUGUUGAAACAAACUGGGCGACCUGAGAUGGUUGUUGGAUGGUACCAUUCUCAUCCUGGAUUUGGUUGUUGGUUGUCUGGUGUUGAUAUAAACACACAACAAUCAUUUGAAGCUUUAUCUGAGAGAGCUGUUGCUGUUGUUGUUGAUCCUAUCCAAUCAGUAAAGGGAAAAGUAGUCAUUGAUGCAUUCCGUCUUAUUAACCCCAAUAUGAUGGUCCUCGGACAGGAGCCCAGGCAAACAACCUCCAACCUCGGGCACUUACAAAAACCCUCUGUGCAAGCUCUGAUCCACGGACUUAACAGACAUUAUUACUCAAUCAGUAUAAACUACAGAAAGAAUGAGUUGGAACAAAAAAUGCUUUUAAACCUCCACAAAAAGUCUUGGAUGGAUGGUCUUACACUUUCAGAUUAUAAAGAGCAUUGCAAAAUCAAUGAAACAACAGUGACAGACAUGUUGGAACUUGCUAAGAACUACAACAAAGCUCUGGAGGACGAAGAGAAGAUGACCCCAGAACAGUUGGCCAUCAAGAAUGUCGGCAAACAAGACCCUAAGAGACAUUUAGAAGAGAAAGUCGAUGUAUUAAUGGCAAACAACAUUGUUCAAUGCUUAGGUGCCAUGCUUGAUACAAUGGUGUUCAAAUGAUUACUAUAAGAUAUUUUGUAUUUAAGAUCUAAAGGCAAAUAAUGCAUUGGCACAGUAAGAAAUACAGCCUCAUUUAUUUUUAUUUCUUUAAUGUUUUUCACAGAAUAUUUACUUAUGUAUUAAAACUUAAGAACCUUACAGAAGUAAAAUAAAUUCAAUUUUAAAA